UGGCACUGGAUGAGACUAUCGCCUGGCUGGUGUCUCAGGGCUGGGGUUGACGUUCCUGUAAAGACCUAGCAGCAGGCUCUGUGUCUGUGUCCAGAGAUGUGAGGGGCAAUGGGUCCUGGGGAGAUGGGUCCCAAGAACAGCUCUACCUCAUUCCUCUAACUGUUCCCUCACCUCCCCCACCUCAGGGUGCCAUGGCCAGCAGAGGGUCUUGGGCUCCAACUGCAGAGCAUGCUAAAAUGCCCGAAUGAAGGGUCAGCUCUUGGGAACCUGGAAUCUUGGGAAGUCCAACCCACGAUGACUGCUGACUGGCUUUGCUCCAUUCCCCGGAGACUAGAGAGACCUGUGGGCUGGGCUGUGGCCUUGGGAUUGACAUUAGAUUGGAAACAUGCUCCUUGGAACAGACUGUGAGAACGUCCAGACCUCUGAAAUGCAAAGGCCGCUCAGAGACUCUUCCUUUAUCCCAGCUCAAGGCUGUCCAAAGGACUCAGAUGGCCAAAGCAUUGAACGUCUGCGGGCGCCCAAGGAUGCUGAACCGGAUGGUGGGUGGUCAGGAUGCCUUGGAGGGCGAGUGGCCAUGGCAGGUCAGCAUCCAGCGAAAUGGAAGCCACUUCUGUGGGGGCAGCCUCAUCACAGAUCGGUGGGUCCUCACUGCAGCACACUGCUUCUCCAACCAUUCCCCCUUUGAAACCUCAGAGCGGCUGCCUCACACCAGCUCUCUGCUCUUUCCCUCCAGCACCUCUCAGACAUCCUUCUACCGGGUCCUGCUGGGGGCGCGGCAGUUGGUGAAGCCGGGACCACACACCAUAUAUUCACGCGUGAAGCGGGUGGAAAGCAACCCCCUGUACCAGGGCAUGGCCUCCAGCGCCGAUGUGGCCCUGGUGGAGCUGGAGACACCUGUGACCUUCACCAAUUACAUCCUCCCCGUGUGCAUGCCUGACACCUCGGUCAUCUUUGAGUCGGGCAUGGAAUGCUGGGCCACCGGCUGGGGCAGCCCCAGUGAGCAAGACCGCUUGCCUAACCCUCGAAUCCUCCAGAAACUCGCCAUGCCCAUCAUUGACACGCCCAAGUGUAACCUACUCUACAGCAAAGACGCAGAGUUUGGCCUUCAGGUGAAAACCAUCAAGGAAGACAUGCUGUGUGCUGGCUUCGCGGAGGGCAAGAAGGACGCCUGCAAGGGCGACUCGGGGGGCCCUCUGGUGUGCCUUGUGGACCAGCUGUGGCUACAGGCUGGCGUGAUCAGCUGGGGUGAGGGCUGUGCCCGCCGGAACCGCCCAGGUGUCUACAUCCGGGUUACCUCCCACUAUGACUGGAUCCACCGGAUCAUCCCGGAACUGCAUUUUCAGAAGGCCAGGUCUGGCGGCCAGAAGCGGGGGCCACGUGUCCAGCAGCCCCGCACGCAAAACUUUGCACCCUGCCUGGCGGCCCACACUGCCCUCCUGGUCCUCAUGGCCCUACUCACCUGCUUCUGAGAACCUGCUCAGGCAGGCAGGGGAGUGUAACCCCUGGAGCCCACAUGUACAUUUGUAAAUAGCCAUUUCUCUCUUCUUUCAAAUGCAAGUUAUUUUUAUUUAUGUUCCCCCUCCAAUAAAAACCUAACCUCAGUACCAGCUGCCAGGAAUGGGCCCUUAGGGCAAGAGGGGAGUGGAGAGGUACCUGGUGGGGAGGAGUACUGAGGAGUGUGAUUUGGGGGCAACACUGGGUGGGGGUGUGUGGAGGGCAAGGCUUCCGGUGAGAAAGGAGCUGCCCCAGGGCACCCUGGCCUACACACAAGGGGCAGCAACCAAACCAGCAGGAAGAAUGGGGGCCUGGCAGCAGGGCCUGAAGAGCGCUUUUGGGGGCCUGGGGGACUCACAGCCCCCACUUUCUAUUUCGAAUCACCCCAAUACUUUUUCAAAUAGCAUCAGGGGUGAUGCCCCCACAAUCAUCCUUUCCUACCCCAGUGCGGAGUAGGUAGGGGCCCCUCCAGAAGCUCCCCGCUCUCCAGGUUCCCCUUGACCCCAGCUCCUUUUCCUACACCUCCUCCCUGGUGAGUCCAAAGCUGCAGGAGGAGGCUGGAUCUGGGGCCCAUAUCCACCAGGAGACUCGGGGGCCCUCUGGUGUGCCUUGUGGGCCAGUUGUGGCUGCAAGCUGGGGUGAGGGUUGUGCCUGCCAGAAGCACCCAGGUGUCUACAUCCGGGUUACCUCCCAUUAUAACUGGAUCCACAGAUCAUCCCGGAACUGCAGUCUCAGCAGGCCAGGUCGGGCGGCAGAAGACCUGGCCCCUCUUCAGCGCUCCCUGCGGUAGCUUGUCAAAACCAGGAAUCCAGCACAAACAGGUCUCUGGAGCUCUGGCCCGCAGGGUGCUCAGGCCCUGCCAGGAUGGCAUGUUUACCAUCGGGCAACGUUAGGUUCGCAGGCUGGCUCACCCAGGUCCACAGCAGGCCUCUUCUGUGGCCAGGGCCAGCUCUCCCCGCCACGUGGACUGACUCUCAAAAGGUGCUUGGGCUUACCUGCCGUGAUCAGCAAUAAUGAACUGGAUGAGACUCCUAGGAGGGCCUUGCACACACAUAUAACCACAUACCCAUGCACACACUCCCUAGCACACCACAGAUACACAUUCAUGGAGACAUGUGUGCAUAGCCAUGCCUCCACUCACAGAUGUUCAUAUUUAUGCACACAUGCUCACUAGUAUGUAACAUGCACACACCCAUGCACAAGGAAACACCCACACAUAUGCAAGCCCGUGCACACACCUGUGUACACACAGGCAGAGCUUUCCACCUGGUGCCAUGAAGAAAGCGGGCCUGGAUAUUUAUGGGAUGAAUCAGCAGGAACUUAGCAAGUACCUGCUGUGAACUGUGCCUGGGGAGAGUGGGAACAAACACUUAACUCCUCUCCGUGUUCCACUUUGCUGGGCACAUCCCUGCCUGCAGGCAGGCAGGCCCAGAGGCGCAACUGGCAGAGGCUCAUGGUGGCCCCACUCCCCUGCUGGCUGCUCUGGACCCUCUGAGGACUGGACUGUCUGCUACACUCCUUCUCUAGACCAGAGAUGGGCUCUCAGUCCCUCACGGGCCAGCAGGUACACCAAGGCCCAGGCUACAGGUAUCCUGAGGGUAGCCAUAGGAACAAGUUCUGGAUCCUCCCGGCUGAGACCAGGGUCUGGCGUGGGUCCCGCAGCCUUGGAGAAAGGCCUGGCUGGCCCCUCCCCCUAGUUCUGGAGGUAUUAAAAAGCUUCAUGCCAAGAGCGGAGGAUGGGAGCAGAGCAGUGUCGGAGCAGCGCUCCCAGCUUCCUCUUCUUUCUGCACCUCGCUCUCAUGGCCUGCCCGCCUUGCCCCCCUGCUGCCUGCUCAUCCCCCAAAACAACCUCCACCAUGUCCACCUCAGCGAGUUCCACUUGAACAAAGGCAGCAGGCAGGUGUACGUGUCCCUGCCUCAGGGUGAUACAGUCAAGCUGUGUACAUCUGGAUUGAUGGUACCGGAGAAGGACUGCGAUGCCAGACCGGGACUCUGACAGUGAGCCGGAGCACAGAAGAGUUGCUGAGUGGAACUUUGAUGGCUCUAGUACUAUGACGUCUGAAGGCUCCCACAUGACAUGUAUCUCGUUCCUGCUGCCAUGCUUCUGCGAGGACCCCAACGAGCUGGUGUUCUGUGAAGUCUUAAAGUACAACCGCAAAUCUGCAGAGACCGACUUAAGGUAUACCUGCACACAGAUAAUGGACGUGAUGAGCAAUCAGCAUCCCUGGUUUGGAAUGGAGUAGGAAUAUGCUCCCAUGGGCACAGAUGAGCAUCCUUUUGGUAGGCCUUCCAAUGGCUUCCCUGGACCCCAAGGUCCAUACUACUGCAGCGUGGGAGCAGACAGCGCCUAUGGCAGGGAUAUUGUGGAGGCUCACUCCCGGGCCUGCUUGUAUGCCGGCACCAAGAUCACAGGGACAAAUGCCGAGGUCAUGCCUGCUCAGUGGGCAUUCCA